CCUAUCUGUCGAAACUGUAAGACCCAAACAACACCACUCUGGAGAAGAGACGAAACAGGCCAGGUCUUGUGUAACGCCUGUGGGUUGUUCUUGAAGUUGCACGGUCGUCCCAGACCGAUCUCGUUGAAGACUGACACUAUCAAGUCGAGAAACAGAAUCAAGCAACAGAACGGAAAUGCCACUGGCCCUGGUUCCAAUAAGUCUUCCAGUCCCAAC